GAAAAGGACAGUACAUCCCGCACAGUGGAAAGAGUGUAUCACUGCGGCUAUCAUCCUCUUUGUCCGCGUUCUCUCUGGCACUAUGAAAACGCACACAUGUAAAGGAGAAACCCGUUGAGGACGAAUUUAUUUGGGAACAAACUUUUGGAAUUUCAUGCAACUUUGGGACCUUUGCCAAUUCUUAAGUUAAAUCUUGUCCGUAGACUGUCAGUCGUGUUAACACUUCAUCGUCAGACAGAAUGUACUGUCACAAUCUGGCUCUUUGUGUAUUUAUGUAUUUGAUGGUGAUGCGCCUGCCAGCAGCCUCAACGCAGAAGUCCACUGGUCCUCGGUGGCUUAUAGGGGACAGAGAGAGCCCGUGUUCCACGUCCUGCUCCAGAAGUCACGGCAAGCCUGUGUGUGGUUCAGACGGACGCAGUUAUGAUACCAACUGUGACCUGGAGAAGGCGAAAUGCAGGGACCGCACGCUCAGCCUUGCCCACAGGGGCCGAUGCAAAGGUAAAAACUGGGCGAGGAUAGAUCAACCUCUUCUUGUGCCCACACUUGUUUCAGAGGUCAAAGAGUUGACCGGUAUGAAAGAAGCAGGUCAGACGAAAUGCCGGACCGAGAGGAUUCAGGCUCUGGAACAGGCCAAGAAGCCACAGGAAUCCAUUUUCAUCCCAGAAUGCAACGACGAUGGCACAUUUGCUCAGGUCCAGUGUCACACCCUCACAGGAUACUGCUGGUGCGUGACGACAGAUGGCAAGCCAGUCAGCGGCUCUUCUGUCCAGAACAAAACGCCAGUGUGUUCAGGAAACUUCCGUGAAUUUAUGGGAACUCAUGCUGGGACAAGUGGAUUGUCAGGGUCAGUAACCGAUAAGCCACCAGGACCUCCUAGCUCUGGCAAAAAAGUCUCUUUCCGUUUCUUUCUCACCCUCAAUCCAGAUGAUGGUUCCAAGCCCACACCGACCAUGGAGCCGCAUGUUGUGCCAGAAGGUGAGGAGAUUACUGCUCCUACAUUGUGGAUUAAGCAGCUGGUGUACAAAGAGAACAAACAAAACAGUUCGAAUAGUAGGAAGUCAGAGAAAGUUCCCUCUUGUGACCAGGAGAGGCAGACCGCUCAGGAUGAGGCUCGUCAGAACCCUCGGGAAGCCAUCUUCAUCCCCGACUGCGGCCUGCAGGGCCUUUACAAGCCAGUUCAGUGCCACCAGUCUACAGGUUACUGCUGGUGUGUGCUGGUGGACACCGGCAGACCUAUACCUGGAACCUCUGCGAGGUAUAAGAAACCAGAGUGUGAUAGCGCAGCUCGCUCUCGAGAGACAGAGAUGGAAGAUCUAUUCAGGGACAGAGAUCUGACAGGGUGUCCAGAGGGAAAGAAAGUGGAGUUUAUAACAAGCCUUUUGGAUGCCCUUACUACUGACAUGGUGCAAGCUAUCAACUCGCCAACCCCCUCUGGUGGUGGGAGGUUUGUUGAGCCUGACCCAAGCCACACACUGGAGGAACGGGUGGUCCACUGGUACUUUGCCCAGCUGGAUAAUAAUGGCAGUCACAAUAUCAACAAGAAGGAGAUGAAGCCGUUCAAGCGUUAUGUGAAGAAAAAAGCCAAACCUAAGAGGUGUGCCCGCAAGUUCACAGACUACUGCGACCUUAACAAGGACAAGACCAUCUCUCUUCAAGAGCUCAAAGGAUGUCUAGGAGUCAAUAAAGAGGGUAGCACUACAAGCAGCAGUCAAGGGACAAGGCAAGGGACAAAUUUGUUCAGUAAGUAGGUCUUCGGGCCUGAAGACAGAAAGUUCCAGAAGAUGAGGCAGUAGGCACAAAAUGGGAAGGCAUCUGUUCACUGCUGGAAGAGUACAACGAAGGAUUCUGAGAAAUUAUAAACAGGUUCCUCAAGAAAAAAAAAACAAAAAAAAGAAAUCCCGGAGCCAAAAUAUUUGCACUUUCUCCUCCUAUUGUUAGACAUUUUAUUAUGUCCUUUGUUUGUGUUGUAAACGUUUUAUUAGUAUGACUUAAAGAUUGACAAAAAAAAUCAACCCAUGCUCAUUUGAAAGCAUGUGUACAGAACUACAUGUUUGAGAACCGACAAAUAUGCCCCCUGGACUACGUUGUCUUGCAGUUUUUGUUUUUACAAACGGACCCUUUUCACAAGACUGUUAU